AUGCUUGUCGCAACAUACCUCGUCUCGGCUCUCGUCUGGCUCUCCGUCGCGACGACAGCUAGCCCACUCAAGCCACGCGGUGAUGGCGGUGACGGUGGUAACGGCGGCGAUGGCGGCGAUGGUUCCGGCUCCGGCUCGGGCGGUAACGGCGGCGACGGGGGCAACGGCGGCAACGGCUCGGGCGGCGGCAAUGGCGGCAACGGCGGGAACGGGGGCAACGGCGGCAACGGUGGGGGCAGCGGCCCGAGCUGCAACUGCGCCGGCACGACCGACGGGGGCGUGAACGCGACGCGCUUCGUCUGCCAUGAUCGUCGUCUCGGGCCGAUCGUGCUCCCGAAGAAACUCCCCCUCUCGGGCUUCAUGACGACGUAUGACCGGUGGGGUCUGGCAGCCGCUGACGGACGCUUCGGCGACGCGACCUCGCCAGGCGACUUCCUCUCCAAGUGGACCGACGCGCUCGGCAACUUUGUCUACCCGCCCUUCAACGGCUUCCAGCUCGACACGAGUGGCAAGCCGAUCAACGGGAGCAUGGUGCUGGAGCCAGGCACGCUCGUCGACCGCUUUGGCUCAGAGUUUGGCUCGUUCGUCUCGGCCGCCGCCGCACCGUACAACCAGCGCGCGCUCCCGCCGUCCAACCUCGACACGAACCCCGCCGCGCCCGACUUUCCCUUCAACUACCACGUCUACCAGGUCGUCAAGCCGCUGACGGUGAACGGCGGCCCGAUCGCGCCGUGGUUCGGCCAGCCGGGUUUGGGUGCCCAGUUCUACACUGGCGACGUGGGGAACAUUAUGAGCCUGAUCAGCCAGGGAUACCUUGAGCGCAGGGACCCCGAGGUGCUCAUCUCCAAGGAGCAGGGGUGCGUGGGGUGA